AGUCUCAGUCUCAGUCUCAGUCUCAGUCUCUUUCAUUCACUUUUCAUUCAGGCUCCUUCUUAUUCUCAAUGCUCGCUGCCACUCCGCUGCGAUCGUCCUCGUCUUCCUCGUCCUCGUCGCUGCACCAUCGCAGCACCCUCCCGUCGUCGUUGUCGUCCUCGAGCAGUGCUGCCCUUGCGAGGAGUGGUGGUGGUGGUGGUGGUGGACGGCGCCCCGCUUCAGCUGGUCAACAUGUGCUGCUCACUCGCGACGUCGCCAACGCAGCCAUCGCUCAGUCGCUCGCCGUCGCUGCUUCGGCUGGCAUCCAGUCACUCGCACUCCUCAACGCAUUCCCCGCCGACGACCCGCGCUGGGCCGAGGAGAACCGCGCAGAAUCUGCGUCCGCACCUGCAAUCAUCCUGCAGCAGCUCGUCGAGAAGCGAGCCCUUCACGGCGUCUUCCUCGAGGCGGUAGUUCCAGCGUGCCAGGCAUCGCUCAAUACCGCGGAUCGCUGGACGCUCUGCGGCCAUUCGGAGAAGAUUGAAGCAGCCAUCGCGUUGCGAGAGUACCAGAACGCGCAGACUGGCGCGACAUCCGAGGCUGUGACUGCAUUGAUGCAGCAAACCCUUGCGCGACUAAACUUGCAAGAGCGCAGUCAAGUGCUGGGCAUGGGCAUGCAGGAUUUGUUCUACUACGAGCUGGACCAUCUCGAUGACAUUCUGGCUGCACUUGUCGAGCAAGAGCAGGCCGAUGGAUUCUUGUCACAUCUGGCGGUGGGUCAGUCCGAGGCGCGCCAGCGUUUAGAGACGGUCAACAUUGUCAACAGCAUGUUUGAAAUCAUCCUCACCAGCGCACUGAAAUGCCGCGAGGAUUUGGACGAGUUCUUUCAUCUCCAUGAGCAUCUUACGACCAUUCCAGACCCUUGGACGUCAUCCACCAAAGUACGAAAUGCCCUCGUCCGGCAAUAUGAAGUGACCACGGAGGCGAUCGGCCGCACGGCGAGCGUCGAGCAGCGUGCCCUCUUUUUGCAGCAGCUCGCCGUGUUGACGGAUCUUUUGCUCACGUCCUACUGGGGCGAGCUAGAGUUUCUCGAGUUUCACGGCCCCGAGUACGAAGAGCGUCAUGUGGCUGUCUUUAACACCUUUGUCGAAUGCCGUCCUCGAUUCAUUGAUCCAUUCGUCAAACACAACGACACUGCGAUGGCAUUCGCGCUCGCCGAAAAGUACAAACACUUCCAACUUCUCAUUCAAAUGUGCGAAGACAUGGACGCUCCGGCACAGCUGGACACGUACGUUCGGCAGUUUGAACCCGACGGAUUUGCUCAAGAACUCUUCCAAUGGUACUUGGAUCAUGGCAAAGCCGCCAAGUUGCUGAAAUCGCCGCGCUCUCGUGAUGCUGCUUUGGGCGAGUUUUUGAAAACGCAUCCAGAACUCUCUUGGCUGCAUGACAUCCGGACGGACAAUUAUGCUCAAGCUGCCAUGACCCUUCGCGAUCUUGCCAAGAACGAGACGGCGUUGUUUCAAAAGCGCAAGACUCUGCUCAGCCUCUGGAAGAUGGCACUUGCCUGCGCCGAUGAAUCAAACCCCGAAGACAGCGAAGACGUCUGGCAAUUCAUGUGGUUUAUGCAAGUUCAAGAAUUGCUCGUGAGCGACGCAAAGUACGCUCCGCUGGUCGCCGGCUUUGGAAACAAUGGCGUCAACCUUGAGACGGACUAUCUCGAGCCCUUGCGUCUGAUUGACGCAUUUAUCGGCCAGUACAACCCAAUUCCUGAUGCCAUCGACCUGGCAUUGGCGAUGGAAACGUACGCACGGUCGAUGCCGAGUCGCUCUGAUGAGGAGAAUACUUCAUUGCUUCUUGACAUUUGCGUGCGAUCGAUCUUGAAAAACGACUGGAGUGCUGUGAUCAACGCAUCCAAGCAAAGUCCAACCGAUGCCGAGCUGCUCCAAAUCUUGAACGCAACUGCGUUCUUCUCUUUGGCGUCCUUGUUUGACUCCCAAGAGCUGCUGUAUUCGAUGAACAUUACUCUGCCUGAUAUUGUGCUGCUGGCCAACGACUCGCGGCUGGGUAUCCUGCGCGGCAACACUGAGCUUAUUCGCUUGUUGCAGACGACCGCCGGAAUGACAUCUCGCUCAAUGUGAAUAUCUGGUUGAAUCUCGUUUUGUUGCGUGACAAUCCCAUUGUUAUUUUUUGUUUCUUUCAUUUCACGAAAUUGAACUCUUGGUG